UUUUUCUAUUGGUUGAGCUUGGCCAAUCGCCGGCUUGCUCUGGAUUGUUGCGCUGUUGACCACGCAGGCCUCUUCCGUAGCCUGCAAUUUCCUGCAAGAGGAGCGCAGUUUAAGGGUCGCGGCCAGGAUGGCUCUGCGCUCUGCGCCCCUCUGGCUCCUGGUGCUGCUGGCGGUCGCCCUACGGCAGAGCUGCGUUGGCGCCUCCUCCCACUCCCUGAAGUAUUUCUCCACCUCCAUCUCGGUGCCCAGUCAGGGGCUGCCCCACUUUGUCAUUGUGGGGUAUGUGGACGGUCAGGUCUUUGUUCACUACGACAGCCACAACCGGAGGGUGAAGCCUCGAGUCUCCUGGAUGGAGAAGGUGGGGAAGGAGGAUCCCCAGUACUGGGACAUAAACACCCAGAGGGCACGUGGCGCUGAGGAGGCGUUCAGAGUCGGCCUGGAGACUCUGAGGAAUCGCUACAAUCAGAGCGAAGGUGAGUGAUGGGUCUGGUGGCUCCUCCGGCCCCAUAUUCCCCUCCCCAGGAACAGGGUAGAAGAGAAAGAGGGUCCCCCCCAGAGGAAAGG